AUGAAGAGAAAACCCUCCACCGACGAGGCUAGUAUUGUCUCUCAACUACGCCAACGGCCAUCCGAUGGAGACCGCAGACAGGUGAAGCGCCGCAAGGCGACCCCGCCCUUAUCACAGCCAUCCUUUCCCCAACAGCAUGUCAAGACUGGGGAGACAGCGUCUCUAGUCAAUUCGAUAGAAGACUGGCUCAACAGCAUAUCCGAAAACUCCAUAGGCCUCGACGACGCGGCGCAGAUGGCGACUGUAUCGGAUGCCGCAAGCACGUCCACACGACCGCUGCGAUCCUCUGCGACCAGCCGAUCUCGCUCGUCAAGCCCAUCAAAGCUGACGUCGCAGAACUAUCGGGCGCAGGUGCUAAAGCGCGUGGAUAUUCACGUCGACGUCGACGUUCCCGAUGCCACAAGGGAACAGCUGUUGCCGCCAGCGCCGGCUGCCGCCCUGAGCAAUGACGCAAUACAGUCAGUUGCGGGAGAAUUGUACAAAGGAGCCCGGGAGCUCUUGGAGCGGCAGACUGCCAAUGAGGCCGAAUGGGUGGGACUAUUGAAUACUGCUAUCCAUGGCCUCAUGCGCGAAAUACCCGAUCAGCUUUGCUGCUUGCCGAAUAGAGACUGGCAGGCUGCUCUCAAACCAGUUGCAUAUUUCCACAACUUUGCCUCAGUCCUCCCUCGAAAACGACCGACCUCGACCUCCUCACCGGCGAACAUUCUACACCCUGGGCAUCCAGAUUAUCCGUCUCCAGACCAGUCGACGACCACGACAUUCGCUAAUCAACCGCACAUGCCGCCGCCAGCACAAAAGCUUCAAUUGGAGCCAGCGCCCGCACGUCUGCAACCCAGAACGCCACGCCCAGACUUAUGCGUCGGGCUCAGCGACAGCGACGCAUCUUGGGACAAAGACCAUGAAUUCUGGGUGAGCGCAGGCCUUCGAGGUAAGGACAUCAAGGACAUCCUCGUUGAUCUUCAAGCCGCCGCAGGCAGCGACGCCGAAGUCAUGGGGACACUCAUCAGCGAUCCUUGCACGGCAUCACCAAGCGGCAUGCGCUUCCCCUUCCUUGUCGUCGAGGUCAAAUCCGGCGGCAGCGCCAGCAUCGCCGACGCGGAGAACCAAUCCGCAGUAUCCGGCGAAUGUGCUUUAGGUAUUCUGCGCGCUCUCGCCACAGAGGAGCGCAGACCCUUAGUAGAACGAGCACCCGCAGGUACUAACAACGCCGCCGACACAUUGGAGAGCCGUUCGCAGUCGAGAUCGCCUCUUUCAAACACUUCGAGUUUCAGACUGCGCACAUUUUCGCUCACAACCGAGGGGCCCGCCCACGUCCUUUGGGCGCAUCAUCCGGAGCCAACAGGCUCGUCCAUGGUGUGGCUUGGUGCGUACCGCGUCACGAAUGGGAACUCGGCCGCGCAACUGGUGAGGAUGCUCGCCAACGUUCUGGUAUGGGGAGCCACGGACCUGAAGCGAUGGGUAAGGGAGGGAAUUGCGACGUACUUGACAGUUCCUUGA